AUGGGUUUCACUUUCGCGGCUAUUUUUAUAUUGUAAUUGGUAAAUAACUUUCUCUGUUGUGAUUAUAAUAUUAUUAUAGGAUUGAAAACGCUAAAUAAGAACAAAAUUUAUGUAUUAUGUAGAAUACUCCAUAUGAAAUAAUAUCAGAAAUCAGGAAAAUUUUACGUGACGUGAAGUAUUAUUAUAAAAAUGAGUCUUUGGGUUGAUAAACAUCGGCCAAAAGAUCUUUUAAAACUAGAUUUUCAUAAAGACCAAGCAGUACGAUUAAAAAGUCUCGUACAACAAAGCGAUUUUCCACAUCUACUCGUAUACGGCCCUUCAGGAGCCGGUAAAAAAACCAGAAUUAUGUGCCUCUUACGAGAGCUUUAUGGCUCAGGAGUUGAAAGAUUAAGACAAGAAACAAUGCAUUUUACUACACCAUCUAAUAAGAAAAUAGAAAUUAUGACUGUGAGCAGUAAUUACCACAUUGAGGUUAACCCUACCGAUGUGGGAAUCUAUGAUAGGGUAGUUAUAAUGGAUCUCGUAAAGAAUGUAGCUCAGACACACCAAAUUGACUCAUCUGGUCAACGUGAAUUUAAAGUUGUAAUAUUAAAUGAGGUUGACGACCUAACUAAAGAUGCCCAGCAUGCUUUACGUCGUACAAUGGAGAAGUAUGUAGCAACCUGUCGUCUUAUUCUCAUAGCUAACUCUGUAUCACGUGUAAUUCCAGCUAUACGAUCACGUUGUCUAACAAUACGAAUUCCUGCACCUACCGAAAGUGAAGUUUGUAGUGUUCUGCAAACAGUAUGCAAAAAAGAAGGAUUGAAUUUGCCCUCUGAACUAGCACUGAAAAUUUCAAAGUGUUCUGAUCGAAAUUUACGACGUGCUUUGUUGAUGUGUGAAGCAUGUAAGGUGCAACAAUAUCCAUUCAAAGCUGAUCAAAAGGUACAUGAGCCAGAUUGGCAAUUGUUUAUCAAAGAAACAGCAUCUAUGAUUCUUUCAGAACAAUCCCCGAAGAAGCUUGGUGAAGUUCGUCAGAAACUUUAUGAACUUAUUAUUCAUGGUGUGCCUCCUGACAUGAUAUUUGCUGGCUUAUUAAAAGAGCUUGUUAUAAAUUGUGAUAUGGCUAUAAAAUGUCAAGUAGCGAGCCAUGCUGCAAUGUUUGAGCACAGAAUGAGAUUAGGAAAUAAAGCCAUUUUCCAUCUUGAGGCAUUUGUUGCAAAAUUUAUGGCUAUUUAUAAGAAAUUAAUUGAAGAAUCUGUAGGAGAUGCUUUUUGACAUGUGUAAACUAUAGAAAAUAUCUUCCUUUGAUGUGCUUCACCCAGCUGAACAUGAAGAAAAACAAUAAAAAACAUUUUUA